ACUGUAGCACAGCACAUGCUGGACUGAGAGGCAGAGGGGCUCAGUGCUGGGGCUUCCUCGAUCAAUCAGGAGCUGGAGGCUGUCGUGGGUGGCUAAAGAGGGAGCUGUUUAAACCUUAACUGGAUCACUGCAGCCCUCUGCCCGGGAGCAGAGCUCUUUAUCGCUCAGGGAUGGGCAGGUUCUGCAGGAGCGUUUUGAACCCGUGUCCUCCCUGCUCCUGCCAGCCCAGUGACGAGUGCGUUGCCUUGCAUGUCCCCUGUGUCCCGUGUCUGUGCAGCUGUACCUGACGUGUCACCUGAAGGCCAUGCCUGCGGACAGAUCUCCGGACCCCGUGAACAAAGCCUGCUCCUUCAGCCACAGGACGCGCAGCUGGGCCCCGUUGGAGGGGCGAGCAGGGGUGUGCAGCUGCUGUAGGACGGGGACGUGUUCGGAGCCCAGCAGAGGGUCUGGCCAGAGAAGUGGAAGCCAUCUCCCCUUCGCAGAGGGAGGAGAGAUGGACACGGGGCUGGGGCCCCUCCAGGUCCUGCCCUACUCCCGCUGGACUGCUUCUCUUGCAGGAGCACCCCGCGCCCAUGGGGAGGGCUCGACUCAGGCAGGCUCGCUCCGGAGCCCGCCCAGACUCUUUCCCUGGCCACAGUGAG